GGAAGGGUGGGAGAACCUUCAGACUGCUGUCUGUCCCUGCGAAGGUGCUGGCACAAAAGCUCCUGGAUGUGCAUCAGGAGCAAGGUUACGGGGAGACCUGGCUGGGCUCUCCUGUAGCCAAUAGUGCUAGAUCAGUUUGAGGGACUACUGCAGCUUUGUUGGCUUCAAGGGUGUUGGCACAAAGUGUCCAGCGGGGCUGCUCUUCCAUGUCUUUUCUGUGGAGGUAGAGGGUGCAAGUUAUCACACUGGUAGCCUGGACUAAGUGGGAGGGGAAUGGGCUGCUGGGGACACUGAGCACCAGCCUGACCUGCAGGAGCCAAGGAACGGGGGGCUGGUUGUGGCUUUGGGAAUGGCCCUGGAGGACAAGGUGGGCUGGUGUGGGCAGUGUGCCCAGUCAGGAAGGGCAGCUGCACAACUGGGCUGUGCCAGGAGGCAUUCUAGGGAAGGGGAGGCUGUGCUUGGGCAUCGUGUGCAGACUGGGGCUGCUAGGUCCAGGCGGGUAUGGGUACUGGAGCAAUGCCAGCAGAGAACCUAGAGUGAUGGGGACAUAGAAGAGGCUGAGGGCACAACCUCUGCUCUGCUCAGCCUGCGGAAAAGGAGUCCUGGGGCCUCUCCCACUCUGCCUGCCUGUGUCAGCCUUGUGAGCACCUGUCUUCCAAGAUGGAUGGGGCACAGAUGCGCACGAUUGCUGAAUUGGCAUUGUCUAUUGGCUUCAUCAGGUGUCCAUGGUGAAAGGAAUUGAGCCUCAUUAAGUGUCUGCAGCCCGCUGUAUUUUGAUGUUAUGCUCUCAGGAAAGCUGAAUGCUUGUGACACUGCCCAUGUUCCCUCAAGUGUUGCUGUGCUGCUCCCUCUGGAUGCUGUGUGGGCUCAGAGCAGCAGUAUCUCCAGGGUCUUUCAUGGUGCUGGCAGUGGGCUUGGUGCUUGGACUGUCCUGUGAUGCACAGAUGUGAGCAGCCAGAAAUGUGGGGAAAAUCCCCACAUUUUCAUGCAGAGUCAUGAAAGCCACUUAGUUUCACAAAGCAAAAGCCACUUAGUUUUUAUGUUGUGAAAAAGUUUUAGAAAAUAGCCAAAUUGGGUAUUUCGGAAAGUAAAACCUAGUUGUUAUACUAGCAAAAACUCCAAAAUGGCAAUGAAACCAACAAUUGGGGAAAUUCGGGGUGAAAUGUGUGCAGUUUGGGGGUGGGCAUUGCAAUAGAUUGCCCAGUGUGGCUCAGUUAGCCAGAUUAGGUUGCUUCGUGUGGGUUAUCCCAAAUGAACUGCCUGCUCAGCAUUAUCGCGGGUGGAUCUGGUGUAUGUUACCUCACUGUUGUGCAUCUCCCCGCCUCCCUCCGUGUCUUUUCCCCACUCCUCGGUUGUGGCCUCCCGCUCUCUGUCCCUGGCCCGGGCGGCCCCGCGGGGCUCCCCGGCCCAGGGAGAGGCGCCACCGUCCGGUCAGUAGCUGCUCCUGCAGCCAAGAAAGCCGCGAAUGCGCGUUGACCGAAAAAGGGUGUCUCCCUGCUGCCACCCCCUGGCCAAACUGCUGCACUGCAAGUAAACAGCGAAAUCCGCGUGUGCGGGACCGGGGUGGGAGCAGCCUCCCGAUAAGGACGCUCCGCUGCCGUCCCACAGGCACGAUGUCGGCGGCGUUGGGAGUGCAAAGCGCGGAACUGCGGCGCCGGUACUGUCGGAACGCUGCUGCCGCCCAACGUUUGAGUGCCCCGCGCGGGUAUUUGGGAGCGGCGUGGCAGAGCACUGGGCGUGGGGCCCGGCGGUGGUAGCGGCAGAUGAGGGAUGAGGUAGCGGCAGCGGUGAGAUGACAGAAAGCCUCAGCGAGUGCGGAAGAGCCGCCUCGGCCCCGCCCGGGAUGGCGGUGAAGAAGCUGCAGCCCACCGCCGCGGCUGCCGGCCCGGGCGGAGGCGGCCACAUCCCGAGGCCAGAGCUGGGCGUCUCUCCGUGUGGCCAGAGCUCCCCUGAGCCUCUCGACCGACCCUGUUCGCCUUGUGCCGUUGCCCCUGCUCCAGCAUCGCCCCUGAAACCUACCCUGUGUCCACUGGCCGCCCCAAGAGGUAGGUUGGCCGUCGAGGUGUCCCCCAGAAGCCCCUGCAGAAGGAGGGAUUCGUGCAAGGUAUCUACGGUAAUAAGAGUUACUGCUGCUUCUUUCCCUCUGCCAGAGGCCACAGCUGUGCGUCUGUCCUGGUUUAGGGCAAAUUUGGGAGAGAAUCCACAAAAGGGGGCCCCUCCAGAAAGCAAACCCACACGGCCCCUCCCCUCAACCGGUUCGGGAAGAAUUCCUGAGAGAGAAGUGGAAAGAGCCUGUUUAUUUAACAGGCACAGCACCCCCCAGCACACAAAAUGAACAAUACUGGAUAACACCACUCUUUCACUGCUCUGAAAAAGAUGACAAAUUCAGAAAGUCUCUCCUGGGGUGGUUGCUCUGUUAUCAGUCCCUCCAGUGCUGGGGCAGCUGCUGCAGCCACAAGGUGCUAACUCUCGGUGUUUCCCAGGUCCCAGUCUGGAGCAGGUUUGAGUAGGUCCAAAUAGGAAAGGGGAAACAGUCCAGGAAGAAAUUCGGAGUGCUUAGCUAAACUAAUGAGAAGAAGCAAAAAGCAAGAGCAAGCAGAAGCAAAGCAGAAGCAAGAGCAAAGUGAAAAGCAGGGCAAAAAGCAAAAGCAGCACUAUGUACUGUGUUGGCUGUAUGUCCCGCCAGCUGUGGGAGAGCGGCUGAUAAGAAGCCAAAACAAAACUUUCUUCAGAGCCAGUCUUGAAGGCACAGAACAUAAUAUCCAGCAUAAACAGCACACAUAAAUGGGGAUACAAGCAUCCUAACAUCACCCUAGGACAGUGUCUAAGUGUCCAUUCUUCCCUGAAGCAUACCUAGGUGAUGAUGCCAGUGACUGCACCUGCCUGGGGCUUGUGUGGGUCAUUAGAGUUAUAGAUACAUAUUAUAAUAUUGGCUUUUCACAAAUAUUAAAAUGGAUUUAUAUGUGGGAUAUUAAAGUAACUUUGUUAGAAAGAUAUUGGUUUUAUUUCUGUUGUUAAUUAAGCUUAGUGAAAUAGGUGAUAUAAAUAUGCUUGUGUUAAAAUGCCUGCUUGGAUGAGAUAACAUCCAGUGAACACAGGAUGAGGAUCCUGCUACAGAUAUGCCAACUCUCAGCACUCACCAUCUAAAGGCAGUGUGGAUCAAGGCCCAAAACCAAGAAAUUAUAAGAAUGGAUUAAAACCACAAGCAAGGAAUCUGCAUGCUCUAAAAAGGGGGAUGCAAGAAGGAGCCAUGCUAAACAAUUCUUGGAAGAUGUAAACUAGUUUGGGGAAAAAGUUUACUGUUCAUAAGGGUCUAUGAAUAUGCAACAGGCUGAUGUAAUAGAAAUGGUAUAUAAGGGGUGUUUCCAAACUAGCAGGCGUGGUCUUGGCUGAGUGCCAAGAUGCACCCGGCCAUAAUAAGCUUUGCUUUGUGGUCCUUGUCUCCUAUGGUCCUUUAUUAAACUUUUUAAAUUUUCACAGGAGAGUGAGCACAUUUUUCACAUUAGUGUCACUGAAACUGCAGGAAAGACAGCAACUCUUCAAAGUUUUUAGUGUUAGAGAAUCAAGGCAUUACUUUAUUCUGGCCAGGAUGUUGUUCUGGCCAGGAUGUGCAACAGAAAUAAUGUCAUCCACACGUUGCCUGGAUUGUGCAGAGAAAAUAAUUCCAUGAUUCAGUUCUUUACAUUAUGCAUAUAACAUUCAUCCUAGUAUUUGCAAAAAGCCAACAACAUAAUAUGUAUUUAUAACAAAAGCUUGGAUCAGGAAUUCCCACUGUGCCGUGAGCUCUGCUCUCCUGCCCAGGGGCUGCUCCUGCGGCUUUGGGUACACUCUUUUCCCCAGCUUUCUGCCUGUGACCGGCUGCCUUUGUAAGCUCAUCAGGAGCAAAAGUUAAAAGUUUCUGUUCAUUUGCCCAGGUGUGACUGGACAACUCUAGCAGUUUAUUGCAGAGAUUAGGUUUGUCCAUUGUUCCUAUGCUCCAUGGUUUAAAAUCACUUCUGCUGUUCAAGCCAGUGUUAUAAAUAAAGUGGACUUUUGUAGCCAGGGUUAUGAAUUGUUAAUGAUGUAAUUUUAUUCUGAAUUGUUAAUUAAUUUAAUAGAUUGUGAUACCUAAUUUAUGUAGUAGAUUAUGAAGUAAUAAUUUACAGUUAAAUGUACUGUAGUAUAAAUGUGUGCCCACUAGAGGGGGGUGGUGGAAUGAGUGGGGGAAUUCUCUAGCAAGCUACCUCAUGAGAUGAUGACAUUAACAUGAACUAUGAUUAGAAGACUAGCCAGCCAAUGAAGCCUCAGAACUCUAGAAUAAUUGGCCAGGUAUGCGCCAUCUUAUGGACCAACCAGCAACCAGGAAAAGGACUGAUCAACAAGUGGAUUGAAAGCGCAGCACCUGGUAUCUUUCUGGGAAACCGGUGUCCAAGGAAACACCCUGUGUUGCACACAGUUUGUUAUUUGUAUCUCUGACUUGCCGCAGGCUUACCCUGAGGUCUCAUCUUCAGUUGUCUUGAUUUUUAAUAAACAGGCCCAAGCCUUUUAAAAGAUCUUGGCCUCAUUUUGCCUGUUUAUAUCAUCCAACAUUGUAACACAGUGCAGAAAUAGGUUUUCUGUAUGGCUGGCAUGGACUUCUACCUGAUAAAACCCUCUCUCUUUGCUCCUGAGGUGAGCACUUGCUCUGUUUGCAGCCUCUUCUACAGUAAGGGCUCAUUGUAAUGGUAACAGCAGGAGUGGAUGGUGUGAACACACUUGUGAAUACUAAUCUGGGAAGGUGGAUUGUUUUUCAGGGUUGGUCAAUUAGUUUUGCUCCAGUCAGACCUGUCAGAACUUAAGAUUCAGUGGCAAAAAUAGAAGAGAAAACCUUCAUGUUUGUAUUUACCAUCAUUACUACACACCGAAUGAUUAAGUACGGUGUCACAGGUGUUGGGGGUGGUGUCACAAACAGACGCGACACCUGCCCUUCCGCGUUCCAGUGUUGCCAGGAGCCGGGCCCGGCCCCUCACACCGAGUGCAGCUUCCCCGCAGCUGGGGCGCUCUUCUCGCAUUCCCGCAGGGCUCCCACAGGCUCUAUGUCAUCGCUGGGGCGGGCCGAGGCGGCGGAGCAGACUCUGCUCGUAGGGAACUUGGAGAGCCGGGUCAGGGAGGAGAUCCUCUACGAGCUCUUCCUACAGGCUGGACCAUUAACCAAAGUGAUGAUUUGUGAGGACAAAGAAGGAAAUCCUAAGUCUUUUGGAUAUGUCUGCUUUAAACACAAAGUAUCAGUGCCUUAUGCAAAAGCUCUGCUGGAUGGAAUCCAUUUGUAUGGAAGACCAAUUACCGUGCAGUAUUGGAGGGGGAGUUCUCCCUCACCAGAACUAGACAGUUGUACAGAUGGUUUUGAACACCACAUUGACUUAGAGUCUCCUGCAGACAGGCAUCAAGAGCUUUUUGGAAAUUCUCCAUUUCCUGUUACUCCUUUGCCAGUGAACAACAGUUUAUCUCAUGAUCACCCUGACUUUCAAGAGGUGCAAGUUUCUAUUUCUCGAAAUGUACCAUGUUCUGGCAUAGCAGUAUACAGUACAGAAUCCAAUGGGUUAACGAUUUCUUUAUUAGCAGUACCUUCAGACUUAUCCUUUUCUCCCUAUCAGAAUCAAACUGCACAAUUCAAGACUGCACGGAGUUAUCCUGAAUUUGCCACAUCCAAGUGACUGUGAAGUGCACCAAGCAGGAUGAAAGAAAGAGAAAAUGGCAAAGUUGUGACAAUGACUAGUACUGCAGAGAAUAAAAGUUGACAAAGACAGUGUGGCCAAAACUGGGGAAAAAAAAACAAACCCCAAGAAAAAGGCAUAUUAAUACUGUAUAUUUUUUAUUAUUAUAUUUGCUUUCAUCUUUGAACUUUAUUAAAGAAGGAAUGUUCAAGAUCCAUAGUAUUUUUGAAAUGCAUUAUGCAUACAAACUUAGAAUAUCCUGAGUCAGAAAGGGUCAUGGAGUCCAGCUGAACACGCAUCCUCCAUGCUGUCCCCCUUCUCAUUCCCUCCCAGCACACCAGCCCCCUGGGGAACAGGUUCUCCCCAAAACCCUACCAGAGCCCACUGAAACUGCAAGGUCUGGCUUUUGUGCCCCUUCUAAACUGUCUGCCACAACUGAAAGGAGUCUGGCUGGCUCCACUGUACUUGCAAUGACCCUUUAAGUAGCUGCAAAUUUCAUGAGCCCAGCUACAUCAACCUCUUACCUUUACUUAUCCUCAAUAAAAGGCAUUGAUUUGAAAUAAAUUCACAGAAUAGUUAACUGGUGGUUGGAAAGACGCUUUGGAGAUCAUCUGGUCCAAUCACGCCACCAAUGUAGGGUCACCUGGAGGUGACGCAGGAACGUGUCCAGGUAGAUUUUUGUCUUGAAUGUCUCUAGAGAAGGAGACUCCACAACCUCUCUGGGAAGCUGUUCCAG